GUGGCGUCUGCCCAUUCUACUAUCGCGUAGCGAGGACUCCAUUUCCCAGAGUGCCUCAGGAUGCGACGACGACCUUACUCUCCGAGAACUUCUGGGGUCCGGUGACUGACACGCGACUGCGGUAGCCGAGGCUGAGCGGAAGCCGAUGCUGAGUGGGCAGCUGGUCCGGCACCUGUUCUCCAUGGCAGGUCGCGUCUGUCUGUCCCGGAGCAGCGCGGGACUGGGAACCAUCGGUCCCGUCGAGGCAGCCAUUCGCACAAAGUUGGAGCAGGCCUUGAACCCCGAGGUGUUGGAGCUGCGCAACGAGAGCGACGCCCAUGCGGUCCCACCAGGCAGCGAGACGCAUUUCCGCGUGGCGGUGGUGAGCUCUCGCUUUGAAGGACUGAGCCCCUUACAACGGCACCGGCUGGUCCACGCCGCCCUGUCUGAGGAGCUGGCUGGGCGGGUGCACGCACUGGCCAUACAGACACGGACCCCCGCCCAGUGGAAGGAAAAUCCUCAACUAGACAUGAGCCCCCCUUGCCUGGGUGGGAACAAGAAAACUCGGGGAACCCCCUGAGCCCCAAAGGAGGGAAGGCCAGGAUUCUAAUGGUUUGUCUGGGAAUAAACUACGGGCUUUCUGCCAA